AUGGACUAUUCGGGUUUGUCGAGCUGCUAUCAGGCGCAGUUCGAAGUGAACACCACAGGCAAUUAUGGCGGCCUAAUGAAGCUUGUCCGGCAGCAUACGCUGAAUGUAGCUUGGAUUGAAGAGAUUAUAGCCGAUGCAUCAAAGGCCAAGUACCCGGGGGUGGCACAUUUUGUGACGAAAAAGGACGCCUGGGAAAGCGAAAUUAGACAUACAAUCGACUCAAAACUACACACAAUUCGUCAAAUACAGUACCAACACACGCAAGAACGCAAUUUACCGGCGCUGGCUGCCGCGUAUUUGGAAGAAGGCAACAUCAUGGUUCUGCAGGGCGAAUUCCGGGCCGCCCACCAAUGCUAUCAACAGGGACGAGGAACACAUAGCUCGAUGGACUAUGAGGGCCUAAUUGGGAUAUCUGGCGCCGAUAUGCUGCAGCGGCAUUGGUCCAUCGUGCAGACUUCUUUGAUGAAGGUACUCAAGCUAGAUAAUGAACCCUCGCGAUUCGUCUUACAGAGCUACGGCUUGGCCUCUUGGUGUUUAGGAGAUUACGGUGACUGUACCUCAUCGUUUCUUCAGCUAGAAGACCUCGGGGGCAUUCCCUGGAUCAGCGAGGAAACCGCUGCCGCUAUCCUCAUGAUCAGCGUGCUGCUUUCGAUGUCUCGAGAAGAUAUGAGGUUUUUUUUACGGUCAGAUAAGGUCACUGUCCCUCUGUUCAAGAAAUACCCUGCGUUUUAUGAGUUUGUUUCAGCAUACUACUUUCUUGACAUUGCUAAAGUCUGGAGUCUUUUGCCGGCCCUUACCGACGUUAUUUGUGAAGACUAUUUUGCCCACGGCCGGCUCGAGGCUUCAGUAUCACGCCUAAGAGAGCAGCUACAUCAGCACUAUCUUGCGGUGCGUCGUUUGACUCCUUUGACUUCCACAUUAGAGUUGUUCAGCCUUUUAAAGACCUGCACGGUGUUUGACCUUGCAGAUGAUGCCAAACGCUGGGGAAUGGCCAUUGAAGUUGAUACCGUCGCAGACACUAUCGAAGUAAAGACUGAGGCACCUCGUCUAGAGAUGCUAGAGCGUACUGCAGCUCUUUCACGAAAAUUUAUAUACGAUGGUACUAUACUCGUAUGGUCCCGGUACUAA